AUGAAAUAACAAUAUCCAGUUCCAAAAGUAACAAAAAAGGUCAUUAUAAUCAAUUAAAAGUAAAGAUUUCUAUUUAGAUAUCCUAGAUCAAAUGUGAUACAUGAAAAUGAUAAUAGAUGCAAUACUUAGAACUAAUAACAAACCAAUUCAGAUUAGUAGAAAUAAAUUAAGAAGAUUGAGAUUCCAAUAGAACUAGAACGUAUAAUAAAAAUUAAAUUCUUAGAAAGUGCUAAUAAUUAUAAUGAACAAUCGUAUUAGCAAAUAACUCUCUUGUAUUAAAAGAAUAGCAUUCAAUUAUAAGAUUUCUAAAUUCAAAUCGAUGAGUUAAAGUAGAGAAUCCAAUUUAUUGAAUAAAAAUUUUCUAAUUUAGAAACUUCAAGUAAAAAAAAAAAAAAGAGGAGAACUGCAGCGGAAAUAGAAAAAAAUUUUGAAGUUAGAUUUGAUCUAUUUUGUAGUGUCCAUAUAAAAAUUGUUUGAAACAGUAUGGAUCUGAUGUUUCGUUAAAUUUGCACAUUAAGUUUAAACACAAUGGUGGAAACAAGAGUGAACGACAAAAAAUAAUUGUAAACACUAUUUUAUAAUAGAAGAAAUAAUUAUAAGCUGGAGAAAUUGAUGAAAAAGAUGUAAGAGACAUCAACCUACCACCUAUAUGAAUAGC